AUAACCCGCCGAUCCCUUCCCCUGACACCCUUUCCUUUUAGCCUUAAUGUUGGUAAUCAGGCGCCCUCUCAUUGAGCGCCACCAAAACCGCUAGGAAUAAUGCGUCGCUUAGGCCGUUCCGCUCAUGUUUCUAUUCUGAAAAGCAAACAGAUCUUUAAUAAAAUAUAACCUCUCCAUAAAUUCUAGUAGCGUUUAUAGGGAAUACACAUUGGCUCCUAGCUCAUGCGUUCAUCCAAAUCUAUAAUUCCUUUGCCAAACUUCACCUCCUGCCAAGUCCUCUACCGUUUUCAGUGCAGAUCAGUACCUAAGCACUAAUCAUCAUUUCUCGAUUCGUUUCCCCGCUAAAUUUAGUGGAAUUGUACUUCCCUCUCCCUUUCGUCAGUGUUGCGUCUGUCCGUAUAUCCCGCUUGUCGUAGCUGCCCAUUACGCUCCAUCACCAGCAGCGCCCGACCCAGCGGCAACUAGAAGCUCCUCCGUCACAACUUCGCCGACGACGACCACGACGAGCACAGCUACUGCAGUCACUCCGUGUACGAACCUGUUCUGCGGUGCGACGCCGAGGCGCCUAUCUGCGGUGAGACAGGGACAGUAGCAGGCGACUUAUCGUCGAUGCUCGGUGAGAUCGUGGGCAUUUGCUGUUGUUGCUGCUGUGCAUCCAUUGUUGUUAUGUUACGACUACGACUUUUCAGUGCCAUCGACACCCCGAGCUCUGUUUGUGGCUCGAUUACGACGAUCGAUUAGGGUUUAACUAGUGUCGGGCCGUUUCAGCCUGGAGAAGACGCACUUGGUACGCUUGCCCCACUAUUUCUCUUCUUCUUGGAGUAUUGUAGCCGAGUCUUACAGCAGUGCUAGUAAUAGGAAGAAAAGCAAGCCGGCCGGGCGAGCGAGAGAGGGCGACUGGACCACAGUAAAGGCUGUUUGCUGCCUGCGUUAUUUAUUUGGGGCGGCAGCCAGAGUCGUCAAGCUGUGACUAGUUCGUUACUUCUAAUCGCAACACAUAUGCAUGGUGUCGUCUAUAUAAUCGUGUUGAAAACUGGCUAUUAAUUUGUGUCGAUUGGUGCGUACGAUGGUGUCCGACAGCGGCGGUUGCUUUCCCCGUUGAUACUGCGAGUGGUGUUGAGGGCUGCCCCCUGUGUCGUCCGCUUGUCUAUCUCUCCGCCAGCAGCAGCAGCAACAGCAGAUCAUAAUACCAAGGAGUGCGAGCGGCGACUGCUGAUGAUGCUGUUGUCCCUGUUACCACAUUGCUGAUGCUGUAGCAUUGGGGUUUACUUGCUGUAGAGGCCUCACCCAUCGGUGGUAGUUUGGUGCGGUGUUGUCGUCUUGUGCUGCUGUUGCUGUUGCUGGUUUGUGAUGAUGGCAGUGCUGCUGCCGUCGCUGCUGCCGUCGCUGCCACAGCCUCCACUGCUGCUGAUACUGCUGUCGUCGUCGCCAUCAUCAGCAGCGCCAUUGCCGUUAUUAUCGUUGUAGUCAACACAGCGGCUGCUCGACCAUUCAAACCAGUACACGUACGACUGGGCGUUAUUGCUGCUGCUGCCGCCGCCGCCGCUACUGGUUUUCACUCGCAUAGCUGAUUCUAGCACGGCGACCACUACGAAUACAAGUGGCCAACUGGAGUCAAGCUGACCACAUAAUAGCAGAGAACCAAGGAUCAUUCAGUGCUGUUGGUCGCUAAACGGAUAGUGUCGUCUUUGGCAGGUCCUGGCGGUGACCGGAGGAAGAGAAGCGGCUACACGCCAAGAACCAGCCCAACGGAUUGCCAAGGACCGGACGAAAUCUUCGCAGAAAAACAAAAGAAGACCCGCUGCCGGUUUGUCGUUGCUAUAGCAAUAGUAGCCGCUGUUGUCAGCGGCAUUCGGUCGUCGUGGCGGUGGCAGUGUCCGUGAAUUUGAGGACGAGUCUACGUCAUGCAAUAACGACCACUACCGCGGUUACGUCCAUUAUCUUUGUCAUUGUCUGCUCAUCGAGCGAUUGAAAGAGAUUGCACACCAGAGAUAGGGUCGAUCGAAACACUCGACGAUAAAACAUAUCUACUUAAAAAGGCAGUACCAUCGGAAAUAGCUGCACCAACAAGACUGCUAACGACCGUUUUUUUCUUGCUGGAGCAACCAUAUAUAUAUAUAUAUAUAUAUAUAUAUAUAUAUAUAUAUAUUUGUAUACUGACAACCACCGCCCCUAGAAAAAUAUUGGUGCUAUUUACUCCUCCUGGUGGAAUUGGUAGCUUGCGGAACGGCCACUCCUCUGGAGUCUGCUGAAGUUAGAUCGACGGUAGUGAAGUCAGCUUGCUGGUGAAUGAGAACGUCUCUAUCGGGUGAAAAGAGCCGCGUGCUCGCUUCUUGAAGCGGAAAAAAGGAAAUAACCGGAGUUCGCUUAGUGUCAUCUUGACGCGUGUGCUACUGUACAUUUGCGGUAUAUCGCCAAAUUUUAGGGUAAGAAUAGUCGUAUAUAUACAUAUAUAUCGGUGAUAUAAAUAGUGACGGAAGUGGGACGAGCGAAUCCGUUUGACUGAUAGAACAUCAGCUAAGCGUCCAAUCGUGACAGCAACAGGCAACAGCGGGAACAUUGUCAUCAUCAACAACAAUCCGUCGGUCUCUCAAGUCAUUCUUCUACGGGAAGCAUCCAACAACUGAACAUCAUAGAAAAUACGUGUUUUUGUAACUCCACCACGGUUCCGUGUACAUCAUUUUUAACGUGUUCUUCGAUCAUUCAUUGUCAGUGUCAUACUGCCAUACCUGCUCUGAUUAUCUAGUUGGAUUAAUAAUAUUGUCACUUGCGUCGUCAUAAACAAGUACCUCGGCAAGUAAACGUUUGCAUUGUUAUACUGAAAGACCGGCGUUAUUGUGCGACUGACUAUUGACCAACAAUCAUCUGUAAAGUCGAGGUACAACAGCAACGGCUUCCAAUUGUCGGGCUGUCAUUACUGAAUUGAGAGGCAGGCCAUCGUGGUUGGAUCGCCACCAUUAUCGUAGAUCGCGCUGUUACCAUCGGGUUGUUGCCAGUUGCAUAUCAUUAAAUGAAGAAUGAGGUGCUUCCUUUAGUGGUGAUGGUAGAUGCAGCAGUUUCCCCAGCAGCUGUGGCGAACACAGAAGACAAACAAGUACAGUUUCAGCAACAUCAGAACGGCAGCGCCAGCGAUAUUAGCGGAAGUCUCUGGUCAUCACCACAGCAACAGAAACUUUUUGGAUCGCUGCACGGCUCUCUAGAUAUAAAAAAGAAGAGAAAACGGUAGCCUCCGAGGUUAUUUCGUGUGUUACUUUAAUGAUAUCAUUAUAAUUACUAUUUUCGCAGUAUAACCGUUGGGGGUUUUGCUUUAUUCCGUCGGAUCUCCGCCGCAUACAUCGUUCGCGUAAGGCCGAUCUAUAAUUGUAUUCGGCCGUAAUCUUUACAGAAUGAUGAAAGCCGGCCUAUUGGACUAGAGAUAAUUGUGGAGAUCUGCAGCGUUAUCUGAAUACAGUAGCGGCUAACCAACUGGCACAUACAGCAGCGAACGAAGAUCAAAAGCUUGCGUGGCGUUUUCAGAAGUAACAUUUGAGUUCGAUGAGGCCAACGACUUCAAUAUUACCAAUGCAGUUUACAUGUGAAAAAUAUUUUAAAAAGUUAAUUUAACAAUAUUUGCAAGUAGUGAUCGCGUGCAUGCUUAUGCUUGUCUACGAUAUUAUUAUAGUGUGACCUGCCGCUACUGCCUUGCGACCUACGAACCGUAGUGAAUUAACUAUUGGAUAUCUGAUUCAUUGAUUGACCGGCCGCUUGGUGGAAAACCGAGGUUUCUAAAACGCCAUCGUUCACUGAAAUGUCGUCGGAAGCUUUAGCAGCCCAUGCGGCGCUUACGGCUCGCCGACCUGAUGGAUCACAAGGUGUACCUGAGGCAAUGGCCCUACAACGCCUGCUCGAUCGGACAGCGGCUGAUAUGCCCACUCAAGGCCUUCACGAAGCGCUGAUCGCGCAACGGUUGAUCGACCGAAGUUUAAGCGAAGUGGGCACUCUGGGUCCACCCCCACCAACGUCACAAGAUGUGAUUCAAGAUUCCCUAUCAGCUGUUCAUGCUGAACAGCGGGCGGCGGCAGCGGCAGCAGCUGCUGCAGCUGCAGUGUCCGGUGCUGGCACUGCUCCCCCAGGAGGGCAGCCUACAGGUGGAGGUCAAAGAGGCGGCGGUAGCGGCGCGACCAGUGGACCCCAGCGUGGCUCCGGUGCUGGUGGGGGCGAGGCUAACGGUGGCUCUUCCGAACCCCGAGGUGGGCCAAAGGUCCCAACACGACCAACGGAACACUGGUGCCCCCUGUGUAAUCGUUUCUUUUCGACCGCUUCCAACCUCACGCAGCAUAAACGCGUUUUUCAUAACUUCGAGUACAGCCGGCCAAAGUGCGACAUUUGUGGCAAAACAUUCUCGACGCCAAGCAAUCUCAAACAGCACGUCCGGUUUAUUCACAUCGACUACAGCCGACCCAAGUGCGACAUCUGCGGGAAAACCGUCUCGACAGUUAGCAAUCUCAAACAGCACGUUAGGUUUGCCCACAUCGACUACAGCCGGCCCAAAUGCGACAUCUGCGGAAAGAGCUUCUCGACGGUUAGCAAUCUCAAACAGCAUGUUAGGUUUUCCCACAUCGACUGCAACCGGCCCAAAUGCGACAUCUGCGGGAAGAGCUUCUCGACGGGUAGCAAUCUCAAACAGCAUGUUAGGUUUUCGCACAUCGACCUCAGCCGACCCAAGUGUGACAUCUGCGGGAAGAGCUUCUCAACCGGUAGUAAUCUCAAACAGCACGUUAGGUUUUCCCACAUCGACCUCAACCGGCCCAAAUGCGACAUCUGCGGAAAGAGCUUCUCGACCGGUAGCAAUCUCAAACAGCACGUUAGGUUCUCCCACAUCGACUGCAACCGGCCCAAGUGCGAGAUCUGCGGAAAGAGCUUCUCAACGGGUAGCAAUCUCAAACAACACGUUAGGUUUUCCCACAUCGACUGCAACAGCCGACCCAAGUGCGACAUCUGCGGGAAGAACUUCUCGACGGUUAGCAAUCUCAAACAGCACAUUAGGGUGCAUACAGGCGAACGGCCCUUCCAAUGUUCAUUUUGUCCAAAGAGGUUUUCAACAUCGACUAAUUUGAGACAACACCUGCGGACACAUCAAAACCACUUAAUAAAAUUGGAACCGUCAGGCGCAUCGGGCGCCGGAUCGGGUGCUGAUUCUACAGCUGCUGCUGCUGCGGUGGCAGCUGCAGCUGCUAACGGUGGUGCGAACGGCGGGCCCGGAGUGCCUCAGGUACCCGUUAGUUUGGCUUCGCUGCCCAACCAUCCGCCCCCACCAACGUCUGUUGCACCUGCACUUGCAGCGAGCAAUCCUUUGGCGGCCAUGCCUCAGCACCAUUUUCUGCUCGGGCGACUGCCGCCCGAAUUAAGCAGCUUUGUGUACGGCAAGGCUGGUGGAGGCGGACCCGGCGGCCAUUUCGGAACCGGGGUCCCUGGAGGCCAUCCACUGAGCACCGUUGGGGGUCUGCCACCUCCGGCUCAUGCUCAUCAGCCUCCGCCGCCCCCGCCCCACCAACAACAGCAACAACAGCAACAGCAGCAGCAACAACAGCAACAGCAGCAGCAGCAGCAGCAGCAACAACAACAACAACAACAGCAGCAGCAGCAGCAGCAGCAAGAAAAUCUCGGUAGAUAGGGCUGGUCCCUCAAUCAAGGCGAGAUCAUAUCACCGCACCGUCAGUUGCUACUGUGUAAUUCGGCGCCUCUCUCUGACACACGACUUCAGAAACUUCAGCGGCUUCAACACUUCCAAUCGUGUCAGCGGAGACCGAAGACGGCGAACCAGAAACAGAAGUAGAGACGAACGUGGAAACGAGUGCAGAAUGUAGAAUAGCAAUUGGCGUUGGACUGUCGCAUUUGAUGACUUCAUCCAUCCCACUUCGUAGAUACAUCACUGCUGUAAAAGGAUCGAUGAUGUCGUCGUCAAAUGGGAAGAUUACAUAUAUACAUAAACACGAUAGAAGUUAACACACAAUAAACCCCUUCUGUUUGGGCAAUGCUAACGGAGAGGCGAUAACUGGAGAAAUGGUUGUUUCCAACGACUGUGCUUUGUGGGCAGGCACUGAGCAAAUUUAUUAUUAGAGUGAAUCGCAUGACAGAACAUAAACCUAUUGAAUACAAACGGUUGAGGUCACUGCGGACAUAUGAACAACUUCAGGGAAGCCGGCGAACAUUAAUCUACAAAUAACAAUAUGCAAAAAAAGGCAGCGGAUAGAAUGCGCUUAGCGGGAAGGUCGAGCAAGGCCCAGCACGGACAAAGAGAUGAUUCGAUCAGAACAAAAGUUGUAGAGAGUGCCUCUCGUCGGCUUGUGAACGUGAAAGCGGCAUCCGUGCAAUCCUUGAUCAAUGACAGGAUCAUCUAAUUGUGUACAUUGUAAAUAUGUUGCUAUAUAAAAACAACCUCGAGUUACUAUGAAUAACAAAUAGUAUUAAAAUAAUGUGAACUCACGGUUCUAAGGAAGAUGUAGAGUCGAGCGAAGAUGUGGGAUACUUUCAUGCUCGAAAAGUGGCGUUGAUAAAUAAACCAGAAAAUGUACAAGAAAUUCGCCAUUUUUAUCCUUCUAUUAGUUGUUCAGCUCAUAGAGUCGCAGUCGUAACGAAGAUGUAUGGGCUAAUAGCAGCCAACGUUAGGUCUCGUUUUGUUUGUUCAAUGGGUCAUACUUUCGAAUAAUAGAAGAUGUCUUUUGGGUGCUGACUGACCCCAUGUAGAGUUCACGCUGUUCCGUAGAUGCUGGUCUUAUAAAAUGAAUGAAAACGCUUUACUCUAGGACAUUUCUAGCAGUUCGGGCAAGCAGGAAGCCCACUGGAACGAUGGGUCUGUUACUAUACUUCGGGAAAGUGUAGCUCAGAUUUGAAAUGCGUAACUUGUCCAGUUAUGGGUUUGACAAUUUGGUAAGCACUAAGUAGGCAUUUGCAUGCGAAGGGUGAGGACAUCUUGGAAAUGUAGUGAAUUUAUAGGUCAUCAAGGAAGUCGCAUUAACCGUCAAAAGCUAGUUACUAGACUUGGACUUGGUGUUUGUGGAAUUAAGCGUCAAAACAGGAUUGGUUCAAAAAGGUUCGCAUUAACACAUCAUGCUGUCGCAAGUUCAGCUCAUACACAUACAUCGAUAAAGUGCGUUUUUUUUUUUUGUAUCUAGAACACAUUCGUCUUUUUGGUGGAGAUCGUCGACUUCAUCGGAGAAACAAGGUUAAAAAACAUUCUUUGCUUAUUACAAAACC